AUGGAGAAUGAUUUCUCCCGUCCACCAGCAUCUGACCAGAAAAAAGACCUCAGAUCAGCAUCAACCUGGUCUCCAUCUGAAGGCAGCUCCAUUCAGCACUCUCCGUCACUCCACUCUGCGGCUCCUUCGGCCUGGCAGGGCACAACUACCAGCGAGACUAGUCUUCUGAGUCCCAACCAAGAGCCCAAUGAAGCGAUCACAGCUGUCAACUCUCACUGCUCCUCGACGUGGUCAAAUAUCCUCAGGAGCAAAUGGUUAAUGGUCGCAUGUCUCGUCUUCGGUAUCGCAGCAGCCAUUGGCCACGAUACGCUCAACAAGCACCUUUCUGGUCAAGAAGCAAGGAAUCAAAUAUGGUGGCUUCGGCUCGGGCAGUCACUCGCCUUUGUCUCAAAAGCAAACUCUGCUAUUGCAGUCUCUCUAGCUUACCAACAAAUUGCCUGGACGUCCGUCGCUCAUCGGAACUUCUCUGUGCAUGCAGUUGACUCGCUAUUUGGUGCAGCGCAUAACGCUAUUGAACUCCUCAACACUGAGGCUUGGAAGAAGUCAUGGUUCGUCAUGCUUCUCGCUCUUUAUGUGUGGAUAUCGCCACUCGUGGUUAUCUUCACCUCGGCGACUCUGAGCGUGGACAGCCAUGUGAAUAGGACAUGCCAUAAUGUCCGGACACUCAACUUCAACCACGAGGCGAAGAAGAAGUGGACCCACUGGAAAAAGGCAGAGGGUGAUGAGAUCCUGCAAGGUGGCAGAGUAUCAUGGUACAACGAUACCCUUCCAGAUGAGGAUGGCCCUGAUGUCUUUGACUUUUGGAUCAGUCCAAGUGCAUACCUUGACGAGAUUGCAUCCCGAGUUCUGACAGGGGGGCAGGCACUGCAGCGAGACGAAGUCGCCGACGAAAUCUGUGGGGAAGGAUGGGAUUGCUCAACCAUUAUACACUUCACUGGACCAGGAUAUCGGUGCGAGCAACUCGCAAACGGCACCAACUCAACAGUCAAGCAAUUCAACGGCAGGGAUGCCCCGUUCAACAUGAGCAGGAUGAUCCCUGACGGUUGGAAUACUUACAAUUGUGUUGCCGACGAGGGAGACUACGCCGAACGCCAGAUUGAGCAUGAGAAAUACUUCAAUCGUCCAUUGCAGACACUUCCGUUUCCCAAGAAUCUUGGCACCUUCAGAUCAGAGCCCAUCAUAUGGCUAGGCUACGUCACAGUCGACGACGUACUGGUCAGGCACGCUGAAAAUAGCAGCCAAAAAGGAUGGGACACAGACUUCACCCCCAUUAUUUCAGCUUGCGAGCACUGGGAGGUCUAUUAUACAGUCAAUCUGACAUACACGCGGGGUUUCCAGUCGUACAACGUUACGCAUCGGGAUUAUCUGCGCAAGGUCAUCAAUACGACAUACGUGGACGACUCAGCUGACGACGGAACGUUGGACAAGACUGUCGCGGAACCACAAGAGAACUACGUGUAUCCCAAAGAUUGGAGAAACUAUCAACGCAUUGCAGCGUUUCACUCGCUGGGGCUGAAAUUACGACAAUUGCUGCAUGGAGGCUUGUCGCUUCCCGAUAACGGAAUAGGCAGCGAGAUUGUGACAUCGAAGUUGGUAGGGCGACAUGAGCUUCUGCCUGUCCCUGAUUUCGAGAAGCAAAUACAAAGGCUGUAUGAGAAUUUACUUAUUUCGUUGCUGUCGGACGCACAGCUGCUUAUGGUGUCAUGGGCGGCGAACCCGAAUGAACCGUCUGGAACACGACCUAUGGAGAAUGGGACUGCGUAUCCUUGCAUCAGAAGAACUACGGCGGGGUACUUCUUUUAUCAGCGACAGAUCCUCGUUAGUGUAUAUGCUGUUUCUUUCGUCAUUGUAGGCGUUGGUGUACUGUAUGGGAUGAAAGCCAUGAGGCAAGACGGAGUCGAGGAGUUGAGGGAGGUUACUUUCUCGUCAAUUGCAGUCGCAACGAGGAGCGUGAACUUACAACCAUGUAAGCGAGAUCAUAAAAUCAGAGCUUGGCUUGUUGAGGACGAGCAUGAGGGUCGAGUGUAUGAGUUUAGGAAUGAGGAAGAUACGGAACAUAAGAGCAGUACUGGUGCCAUGGGGGAUGUCUGA